AUGCAGUCCGUCCUCCAGCAUUGCAAGACACUUAUUCUCCCGUUUAACUGCGCUUUCAGUGCGGAGGCGCCAGUGCACCCAGAACUAUGUCUGCCCAAGCCACCGAAGCCGCCUCCAGACCUCCCGCUUGAGAUCUGGUGGGAAAUCUUUCAGUUUGCCACGUAUAUCCACUACUCUUCCACCGUCAAGCCGAUGGAUCCUUUCACACCGUGUCGCACGACGACGAACGCGAAUGGCCCGAACACGCCCUACGUGGCGAUGAAGACAAAGCUUUCUUUAGUGCUCGUGUCUAAAUCCUGGAGGAAAGUCGGAAUCCGGCUGCUGUAUCAGCAUCUUGUCAUCCGAAGUCCGGCACGGGCGAAUGCCCUUUUGCAAGUACUGGAGAGCAGCAAGACGCCGCCCAUUGAACUAUCAGAUCCGGUGCAACUUGACACACCACCAGCGGCACGGACGCUAGGUUACGGCGAGUGGACACGACAUGUUGAGGUACUUACUCAUGUACGUGGCUCCCGAGACAUUAGGUUUCUGCAGACCACUUUCCAGAUCCUACGCAAUUGUGUCAAUCUCCAGAUGCUGAGUGGAAGGUGGAUGCACGGCUUACCCAUUGAAUUUCUGAACGGCGUGGCUGGAAUGUUAGGACCGAGAUUAUCGGAGCUGUACUGGAACGAGAGAACGAUCAAGCCGGAUUUCAUCGAUACACUGUCUUCGCCCGAAUUCCUAGGCGCCUUCCGCGCUUUACGUGUGCUUGACUUGCGACACUGGGUAGGCAAAGAACUUGAUUCACGAUCUCCAGACGCCGAGCGGUCAGAACUGCCCUUUGUUCAAGACCUCAUUCUUUCAACACACCCACGCAGCCUGCAGACUGCCACAAUCCUUAAACUUCCGCGUCUAUCUAACUUAUCGCUCCGCAAUCCAGCCUGGAAGGCUGGCAUCACUGAAGAGCUCCUGAAAGCCUUUCUCAAAGCCCACGGCGCCUUUCUUUCCUCAAUCGACCUGAGUUACCCCUUGACAGAACUCGAAGUCGACGUCGACUACCACGCGACCCGCAAGGGCGCCGCGCAGCUCAGCCUCGAGCCCUUCCUCGACCCUGCUGUCUGUCCCAACCUCGAGACCCUCACCUUCUCCACCGUCUCCCCGCGUUUCGGCCCCGAGACGCACCACCCAACCCUUCGACGCAUCGCACUGCGCGGUGUAACCGCGGACUGCCUGUACCCGGACAAGCAGACCCAGGUGACAGCGCACCUGAAGGCGAUCGACGAGGACAAGUUCCCGCGGCUCGAGCUCGUGCAGCUGUCGGGCUUCUUGGUCGAGGCGCACACGGACUCGGUGAUCAAGGACGUGUGUAUCUGGUGGGUUGAGCAUUUCGAGAAGAAAGGGGUGGACUUUUUGGAUGGCGAGGGUGUGCUGUGGGCAUAUUCAGAGCCGGAGCCGGAGGUUGGUAAGACGGCGGAGAAGACGAGUAAGGAGGCAAGUUCCGUGGAGAAUUCGUCCAAAGAUGGGCCUUGCUUGAAAGAGACGUCGCUCCAGACGAAGGAAGCUAAUAAGAAGGCUAAGAUAGAGCAGGCUGAAACCUCCCCAUGA